CUCUUCAGCGCGAAGCGGCCGCGGCGCCCCUCGGAGGGCGCGGCCGGCCCGGGGCCCGCGCCCGCGCCCGCGCCCGCCGGGGACCUCUCCAGCAGCCCCGCCAGCGAGGAGGCCGCCGAGGAGGUCCCCGACGCCGCGCGCCGCGAGCAGGAUGCCGAGGCUGUGCUCCAGCAGCUCGUCCGGCAGGGCGCUGCCGUGCGGGCCCGGCACGCGGCCGCGGCCUCCGCGCGGGAGCGGUGCCGGGGCGAGCUGCGGGACGCCUCGGAGGCCGCCCGCGCAGCGGCGAGCUCGGCGGAGCAGGCGAGCGCGCGGCUGCAGCAGGCGGCAGCCGCGCUCGAGACGGAGCAGCAGCAGCUGCAGUGCUUCGAGGAGGUGCACCGGUACUGCCAGAAGGUCCAGACCAAGGCGCAUUUCCGGGAGGACUUCAAGGGAGAGUUCGCCGCCGUUGCCGCCCGACUGAGCGAGGCCAGGGCGCGGCAGGGCGCAUGCGAGGAGGAGGCGGCGGCGGAGCUUCAGAAGCAGCGAGGUGCCGCCGACGCCGCUCGGCAGGAGUGCGAGAAGAGGCAGCCGGCGGAGGCCGCGGCCCGCGGCGCGCUCGAGGCGGCGGACGCGGAGGCCGAGGCGGCGCAGGGUGCCCUGCUGAAGCUCCAGGAGCUCGAGCGCAGCGCGGAGGCCCUGAAGCGCUGCCUGAGCGAAGAGGAGCGCCUGUGCGAGAGCUCGAGGGCGGCAGCCGCCGAGGACGAGCGCGCGGCCGCGGCGCUCGCGAGGCACGAGCUGUGGACCUCCGACCUGCAGAACCUCUUCGACGGGCGCCCGGUGCGCGACGCCGCGGCCGUGUGCAGGAGCCUCGAGGCCGCCCUGCCCAGCGGGGACAUGGUGCCGGUGAUCAUUCGCGCGCUCAUCGCGGACAGGGACCGCGUGGACGUCCAGAGCAGCACGGGCCUCCAGGUCCGCGAGCUCGUCGGCGUCAGGCUGGAGGGCGUCGCGGCCCGCCUGCGCGCCCGCGCCGCCGAGGGGCGCGACGCGAGGGCCAGCGCGGAGGCGCUGGCGGCGCAGGCGGCGGAGCACGCGCGCCGCUGCGAGCGGCAGCUGCGCGCGCUGAUGCGCCGCUGGGCCCGCGGGGAUGACGGCAGCCCGGGGGCGGGCACGGCCGCGCCGGGCCCGGGAGGCGUCGCUCUCGCGCCCGGGGCUCCGCUCGGGCGGGGCUCCGCGGAGGAGUGCCGCGCCAUCGCCGCACGCAGCGCGGGCUGAGGCGCAGCUCGAGGGGAGGAGCACGGCGGCCACAGACCAGGGCGUCGCGGGAUCCCGUCGACGCCGACCUUGGCCACGGUCCACGCCGGGCGUCGCCGACUCGCGAUGACGAUGAAGGAAUUGAUGCUGACCAAGAUUCUAGGCCUCCUAAGCGAGGUCGAAGAAGACCCCAUCUCGCUACUCGGACCCCAUUGGGGAGGCCUCCAAAGACGGACGCGGACCGGCCUCGACGGGGCGCUGCCGCGUUCGGCCGGGGUCGCGGUGCCCGUGCUCCUAUGCCACGCAGGCCAUGCCCAGGGAGCGUGCGACGGAUGGCGACCGCGCCCCCCUGCGAUGGUG